CCCACACUGCAGUCGCACAACAGCAGAGCAAGCCGCAUCCGCACGCACCGCACACCGCAGGGGAGGAGGAGGAGGAGGAGGAGACGCGAGGCGAGGAGGAAGAAGAGGCAGCCGCCGCCGCCGCCACAUCCCCAUCCUCAUCCAAGCGAUUCCUAGCAGCAGCUACUACAAAGCGGAGGAGGAAGCGGAAGCGGCUGGGAUCGCACGCAAUCCGCCCGCCGAUUCCAUCGCCAGCCACCCGCGCCCGACUACCGCCGCCGCCCCUUUCCCUACCCUAGGGUCGCGGGUGCCUGGGUUUCCCACCCGCGAGGCUUCCCACCCUAGGGCGGGGCCGCCGCCCCCGCCGCUCUCUGCUGCUAGGGUUAGGUUAGGGCCCGACGCUGGGGGGAGGGGCAUCCUCCCCCGCCGCCAAUGCCUCCCGGCGGUAGGCGCGGCGCCAAGCAGGGUCGCAAGUGGACCAGGGAACCGCAGCUCGGCGACCUCGUCCUCGCCAAGAUCAAGGGAUACCCGGCCUGGCCAGCCAAGAUCAGCAGGCCUGAGGAGUGGGGCCAAACGCCAACGCCGCGCAAGUUCUUCGUCUACUUCUACGGCACCAGAGAGAUUGCUUUUGUACCUCUGGCAGAUCUUCAAGAAUUUACGGAGAAGGCAAAGGAUGAUCUGUUAGAUCGAGCUCCGAGUAUUAAAGUGCAAAAAAAAUAUGUCCGAGCUUAUAAUGAAGCUGUGGAGCAGAUCUGCAAGGCCUAUAAUGAGCUGCCAAAAUCAUCUGAAGCUGCAAGUGGAGCAUUACCUGAUCAGAGUGAAAAGACUACAGAGCACCUUGUGAGGUCACCUGAUGAUGGUGAGAAUCUAGGAUUGGGACGAAUGGAAGCUGAUAGCCCUACUGAUGACUCAAUUGCUUCAGGGCAAGGGUCAGGGGCUGAGGACGUGAAAGAUGGUGGUCAUGAAAUAGGGGGUCAUUCUUUAUCAGUUUCUCAAAAGAAAACAUCUUUACUACAGGAUCCCGAGCAUCCCAAGACAAAAAAGCCUGUUGCAUCUAAGUCUGCACUUGACAUGUACAGAGAACAGGAGCAUUCACCAACUUCUGUGCGUGCAGACAGGGAUGAAGAGGUAAAAAAUGAAAAAGAGAGCUGUCCGCCAGAAGGAUUUGUUUUGGACCCUAACUUGGAGGUAGUUUGUGCCCUUGAAGUGCCAAAGAAAUCUAAAGCGAACAAGCUGUUGAGGAAUGCUGAAAGGAAGGAAAAGCGUGCUGAUAUUGGUAGUUCUACUGGAAGGACUGCUCCUGAGGCUGCAUCUGACGUAUUAAACAUGGGUGCUGACAAAGAGAGCAGAGAAUUUAAAAAGUCCAAAAUCAUGACAAAACAAUCACUUGCUACUGGUUCAGAGAAAAGGGACCAUAAUGAAAUUGUGCACGGCAAGCCUGAUAAGCAGUUGAGUAGAAAAUCAUCUGCUGGAUUUUCUUCCAAUAAGAAGUCUCUUCCUGGUAGCGGGCAGCGCACCACGGACUGUAUUACUGAUACUCGUCCAGCAAAAAAGCCAAGACUUAUGGACAGAGGUGGUGAAACAGAUAAGACAGUUGCCCAAAGUGACACAAAGUUAAGCAUUGAUUGUGAAAAGCAUAAUGCUAUGAAAUAUGAGAGGUCUACCACUGUAGAAACAGGUAAAAAUACGGUUCCUAAGACUGGUAUCAGUGAUGGUAGGGCACGGAGAUCAGGGAGUGUCUUAUCACCCGUAUCAAGGCUUCAUUCCGAGGUUGUGGAACCAACAUCUGGUUCUGCAACUCAGUCAACUGUUGCUGAUUCUGCUAAAAAGGGUUCAAUCAUGAAGGAGGAUGCCUCACGUGUUGAUAGGCAAUCGGCCAAACCCAAGAGAAGGGCUUGUCGCUUUGAUGAUGAGGAGGAUGAAGGACAGAGAACACCACUUCAUAGAACUUCUGCCAAAUCUAUCUCUACACAUAUAGUCCCUGCUGACAAGGCAGGUACUCGGGGAAAAAUUUCAUCUCAUGCUGGCAAUGCUUCUAUAAAAAAAUCGGGCCCGGCAAGAGAAGAGAAAUCUAAAAGUGUUGGAAUGUCACCUGUGAGGCAGGAGCUAGUUUGUUCUUCACCGAGUCAGGAUAAAAUGCAUGCCAGACACCAGGCAAUUGGAAGAAGAUCAAUCACAGGCUCAGUCGAUACUUCUGCUGGCAUGGGUAACAAAACAAACCUGGUUGAUCGCAAAUCCUCUGGUCAAGUAAAAAUGCCGACAUCCUCUGAGGUGAAGAAAAUUCAUAGUUCUUCUAAACAAUUGCACCUAACAUCUGGGAACUCCCAUUCUCGAAACUAUCCUGCCUCAGAAAAAAACUCGCUGCCCAAAUCAGAAGACACGAAGGCUAAAUCUAAGCCUGGGGCACAGGCUGUUGAGCAUAAGGUGAGCACCACUGUCACUGUGUCAGCUGAACGGGGUGCGAAGCGGGAUCACUUAAAAGAGGAAAGGUCCAUUUCUGUUGAUAAAGCAGCUUCUUCUGAACCUAACUCCGACUCUGUCAAGUCAAUGAAACAUCUUAUUGCAGCUGCUCAAGCAAGGAGGAACCUUAUGGCAUCUGCUCAUGGAAAGUUUGAUGGGUCUUUGACUGAUAAUGCUGGUAUGACCUCCACACAAUAUGGUUUGCCGGGACUAAGCCCUAGUCCUGUUUUUCGCAUUCCAUCCCCAUCCAGAAUUGCUUUUCCCGAGAGUCCUGGUGAACGUAUUGUUCUGAAAAGCCCAACGGAGCUUGACCAUGAGCAUGGAAAGAGUCCCAAAUCUAGGCAGGUCAGCGGUUCACCUAGCAUUGGUACUGAUGCAGCGAUUGCUCGUGAUGCUUUGGAAGGAAUGAUAGAGACACUAUCGAGGACAAAGGAGAGUAUAGGCCGUGCAACACGCCAUGCAAUUGAGUGCUCUAAAUAUGGCAUUGCUGGAGAGAUUGUCGAGCUUCUCGUACAGAAGUUGGAGAGAGAGCCUAAUUUGCAUCGCAGAAUUGACCUCCUUUUUCUUGUGGAUUCUAUAACCCAGUGUUCGCAUUCUCAGAGAGGUGUUGCCGGGGCUUCAUAUGUUCCCACUGUUCAAGCUGCAUUGCCUCGUCUUUUGGGUGCUGCUGCUCCACCUGGAGCUGGUGCUCGCGAAAACCGGCGCCAGUGCCUUAAAGUUCUAAGAUUGUGGCUUGAGAGAAAGAUUAUGCCUGAAGACAUACUCCGAAAAUACAUGGGCGAUAUUGAGGUGCCAAAUGAUAAUACUAGCACUAGUUUUAUGUUGAAGCGACCAUCCCGCGCUGAACGCUCUGUAGAUGAUCCUAUUAGGGAGAUGGAUGACAUGCUUGUUGAUGAGUAUGGAAGCAAUGCAACUUUUGAGCUUUCUGGAAUUUUGUCAUCAAAAGUCUUUGAAGAUGAUGAAGACUUACCUCGAAAUAAUGGGUCAUCGCCAUUUAUUUCGCAGCCUGUUGAAAGUGAUGGCAUUCAAGAAGCUGAAGAUACUGUUGCUCCAGCAUCUGUUGAGGAACAGAUUAGACCAGAGAAUGUAACUGCUGAUGCUGCUAUGGAAGGUGCCUUGGAAUUACUGGGCAGCAAGCAGCAGACUGAUGGAGCUAUCCUUGUUGAACAUGACUGUAGUCAAGAGCCGGGUUCAGAGCUUGAAUUGAUUGAUCAGAAUGAGCCCCCCCCUCUACCUGAUGUCCCUCCACCGCUUCCAUCAGAUUCACCACCUCCUCCACCUCCUUUGCCUCCUUCACCGCCUCCUGAUACACCACCGCCGCCACCACCACUUCCACUUUCGCCAGCUUCGCCACCUCCGCCACCUCCCCCACUGCCUUCUGGACCACCUCCUCAGCCUGCUCCACCACCUCUGCCAACCCAGGCCCCACCUCUUCCUUCUAUUCCGCCGCCUGUUCCGUCAUCUCCAUCAUCAUUGGGUUAUCGGCCUCCAGCUCCAGAGUACUUCAGGACACCCAAUGGUAACCAGUUGACCCAGAUGACAGGAAAUACAUCAAUUCAAGGUAUUGGAAAUACAGCGAACUUCGUUCCUGGUGGACCAGUCAAUGGACAAGCUGCGGUUAAUUUUGUACCUUCAAUGCCAGCAGAGUAUGGAAACAACAACGUGUUUAUGGCACCACAAACUUCUAGUGGUAAUUACCAGUUUCGGCCUACUGGUGUACCUUUUCAGCAAGGGAAUUUCAGUGCCUUUCCGUCUACGCAAACGCCACCCGUACAUUCCCACCCUCGAAUUGCACACAUGAAUCCCAUGGGCCAACAAGCUGUACCACCUCCGUGCAAUCCUUAUGUUGUGCAGUCCUUUCCAAACAGUCAGAGCCAUUAUCCAUCUGAAGAACGUUGGCGGAUGGCAUCUGGUAACUUCAGUCCAGAUGACCAGCAUAAUAAUUGGCUAGCAGGUGGCAGAGCAUUAUCUUGCUCAGAAGGGUCAUUUGUGCAGGAUGGAUAUUCAAGGUCGAACAUUGACAGAUCUUCAAUGAAUCCUAUGAAUCAUCAACAUACUGUUCGAAACCAUUUGCCAUCUGGAGCACCACUACCAGGUCAUGUUGUUCCUCAGAUGCUACCAGCCAGGUCUGAUAUUCACACACUUAACUGCUGGAGACCUUCUUGAUAAAGUUGUAAACUGAACUUGCUUGAGGUUUUGACAUGGGAAGUUUGGGGCACUAGAGGCAAUUUAAAUUGAGUGCAACAAGUGGUGGUUUUGUUAGUCUGUUCUGUGAUGAAGAUGCACUUGCGUGGGGUGUAAAGAUGAGAUCUGCCAUAGUAUUUGGAAAGGACAUUUUACAAUGUAACUAGUCUUGACAACAGCAUCCAGCAGACUAAUCUCGCUUAGUGUCUGAAGAAUGUUACUCAAAUGAAGACAAGUUUUGAUUUGUUAAUGAGGAUAUUGGUGACUUGGAUGGAGUUGAGGGGAGCUUCCAUAGGCAGCUAAAUGCUUUGGUUUGAAGAGGUAAAAUGUAGAAUUGUAGAAAAAGAUAUGUACAGUUGCUAACACAAUGUGUUGUAUUCCCUUGGCGCAAGCUGGGGAUGGCUAAUGGGGUUUCUGAAACCUUUCUGGAUAAUUGCAAGAAAGCUUACAGGUGGGUUAGUCAGGCAUGCAGUGCGGCGCAAUGAUGCUCUUUGGUUAUCCAAAGCCACAUUUUGAAGAGAAAGCAAUGUGAUGAGCAGCUUGUUGUGAUGUUGCUCAUGUAUGUAUAUGUGCGAUCUGUAAUUGGGUCAGGGUGAUGAUGUGGUUUUGCAUUGCACCAACGGUUCAUUUGGUGAGCAUGGAGGUCAAUGAGUGCAAGGUUGUGGCCUGGCGGGCAAAGGGCUGCUUUUUGGUGGUGUUUUGGCAAGAUGGCUGGUGCUGCUGAGGUUGUGAAUGGUAGGCGGGUAGGUUGGGUGCCAGAUGAUACUGCUGGUUUGGUGUUGAAUAGUGGUUUGUAUGUGGUUGAUGGCACGCCUGCUACUAGUUAUUAGAAGAUGGCAUAUCGCCGACCUUGCAUUA